GGGGCGCGCUGCAUGUUGGGCGUCGUUGUUCUCAGAGCCACUUCACCGGCGCUCCGCUGGAGGGGUUCGGAGCUCGGCCUCUGGAAGCGCCUCAUCCCCUCGUUGCCUCAGUCGUUCCCCGUGUGAAUUCCUGUCAGCUCGCUCCCCCGUGAGCGCCUCGCCGUACUGUAUAGGCCUCCGUGUCUGUCUGCAGUUCCCGUAAGUUCCUGCGGAUCCCGCGACGCUUUCAGAGCUGGUUUGACCCUCGGCACCCGCCGUAGGCUACCUCCUUGUCAGCUGCCGGUGCCUUUGUGAAGCGGCGGAAGCGGAGUGGGACGAGCGGUCGAGGGUGUCUGGAGCUGGAGGAGGUCCCGCUGCUGGGUUCCAGCCAUGUCUGACAAAAGUGAACUGAAGGCGGAGUUGGAGCGCAAGAAACAGCGAUUAGCUCAAAUCAGAGAAGAGAAGAAAAGAAAGGAGGAGGAAAGAAAGAAGAAAGAAACUGAUCAGAAGAAAGAAGCCCUUCCUAUACAAGAAGAAUCUGAUCUUGAAAAGAAGAGAAGAGAAGCUGAAGCAUUACUUCAGAGCAUGGGGUUGACACCUGAGUCUCCUGUUGCUGUGCAACCUCUGCGAAUAGUAACAGCGGAUACCUGUCUGUUUCACUAUUUAGUCCCUCCUCCUACCUCUCCGUCUUCCAAAUCUGUGAGUACACCAAGUGAGGCUGGAAGCCAGGACUCUGGUGAUGGCGCUGUUGGGUCUAGGACGCUGCAUUGGGAUACUGAUCCGUCAGUUCUUCAGCUCCACUCUGAUUCCGAUUUGGGACGUGGACCUGUUAAACUUGGAAUGGCCAAAAUUACACAAGUUGAUUUUCCUCCUCGAGAAGUUGUUACAUAUACAAAGGAGACACAAACACCUGUUAUGACUCAGCCAAAGGAGGAUGAAGAAGAUGAAGACGAUGUGGUUGCACCAAAACCAUUAGUUGAACCUGAGGAAGAAAAAACCUUAAAAAAAGAGGAGGAAGAAGAAGCUGCCCCUCAUGAACUUACAGAAGAGGAAAAACAACAAAUUUUGCAUUCUGAGGAAUUUCUAAGUUUCUUUGACCACUCUACAAGGAUUGUCGAGAGAGCCCUGUCUGAGCAAAUCAACAUCUUCUUUGACUACAGUGGGAGAGACUUAGAAGACAAGGAAGGAGAGAUUCAAGCUGGAGCAAAACUGUCCUUAAAUAGGCAGUUUUUUGAUGAACGUUGGUCAAAGCAUCGUGUUGUCAGUUGUUUGGACUGGUCAUCUCAGUACCCAGAAUUACUUGUAGCCUCUUACAACAACAAUGAGGAUGCACCUCAUGAGCCUGAUGGGGUGGCCCUUGUAUGGAACAUGAAGUACAAGAAAACUACCCCAGAGUAUGUCUUUCACUGUCAGUCAGCGGUGAUGUCAGCUACCUUUGCAAAAUUUCAUCCCAAUCUGGUGGUUGGUGGCACAUACUCAGGCCAAAUAGUGCUGUGGGAUAAUCGCAGCAAUAAGAGAACCCCAGUGCAGAGAACUCCACUUUCAGCUGCUGCUCACACGCACCCAGUGUACUGUGUAAAUGUUGUUGGGACGCAGAAUGCUCAUAAUUUGAUUAGUAUCUCAACUGAUGGAAAAAUAUGCUCUUGGAGUCUAGACAUGCUUUCUCAACCCCAGGAUAGCAUGGAGCUGGUUCACAAACAGUCCAAGGCUGUGGCUGUUACAUGCAUGUCAUUCCCUAUUGGAGAUGUCAACAACUUUGUUGUUGGCAGUGAAGAAGGCUCUGUGUACACUGCGUGUCGUCAUGGCAGCAAAGCUGGAAUCAGUGAGAUGUUUGAAGGACACCAGGGACCAAUCACAGGUAUCAACUGCCAUGCAGCAGUUGGACCUGUAGACUUCUCACAUCUUUUUGUCACCUCUUCUUUUGACUGGACAGUAAAGCUUUGGACAACCAAGAAUAACAAACCCCUCUACUCCUUUGAAGACAACUCAGAUUACGUUUAUGAUGUGAUGUGGUCUCCAACUCACCCUGCCUUGUUUGCCUGUGUGGAUGGGAUGGGCAGGCUUGACCUGUGGAAUCUCAACAAUGAUACUGAGGUGCCAACUGCAAGCAUUACUGUGGAGGGUAACCCUGCGCUGAACCGCGUGAGAUGGACACAUUCUGGGAGAGAGAUUGCUGUUGGUGAUUCAGAGGGACAAAUAGUUAUAUAUGACGUGGGAGAGCAAAUUGCCGUUCCUCGCAGUGAUGAGUGGACUCGGUUUGGUCGAACCCUGGCAGAAAUAAAUGCUAACAGAGCUGAUGCAGAAGAGGAAGCUGCAACCCGCAUACCGGCGUAGAUCUGUAACAAUAGGCAGCAGUGGUAGAAUGGUGAAUGAUUUGAUGCAAAGUGCACGUGUCAGUUCAAGUAAUAGCUUACGGGAGGGAUAUAUGGAUUCAACUAUGGACUUUGAAAAUGUAUUGAGAUUACUGAAAAUCAGAUUGUCACUUUUUAUAUAUAAAUUACAAGCACAUGCUUGGAUUUGUGUAACUUUUAAUACAGUUAACCUUGACUUUGCAAGGACCUUCUUUUGCUGAAACACUAACCUGGUGUAAAAUUGCUAUUGGGCUUCUGAAAUUUCCACUUUGUAACAGUACGUAUGAAAAGUGAAAGUUCUGUUUCUAAGCUAAACUUUCCAUAUUACAAAGACUAGCCUUCAUUAGGUAGUUAAUCUCUGAAGCAUUCUUUAAUUUGAAUUACCCAUGAUAAUAAGCAUGCAUAUGUUCCAAGUAAGUUUCAUUGUUUAUAUAUGGAUAAGGUAGUGGGUAAUAUAUGGUAAUAAAAAACUGUCUGUAGUUCCAAACUUGAUAAUUAGACCUGAAUUAAUGAAAUACAUAUUUAAUACCCAGUUCUUUUGUUUGAAUUGGUGCAUUAAAAGGUGAGACUGAUUCAUGAAUAAAUAUUGUAUGAGCACUUGUCAGCUGCCCUGACCCCUCAUCUGUGACCCUUCAGUAGUUUGAGAGUAGGAAGUUUCUGGGAGCUGCCACUUUCAUUUUACUACAUGCUGCAGAGCUGUUUUCUACCCCCAACCUCCACUUCCCACCCUGGCAAUCAGACAAAAGGAAAAAGGCUGCUGUUGUCAGUCUUUUCCAUACGAUAAGGAACUAGAUUUUGACUUAAUUUCUAUAGCAUGGUUAGCAUUCUGUUAACUACAGACUGGCUACUGAUUUUCCACAUUAAGUAUAAUAAAGACAUCUGCAUUGAUUUUAACAGUUUUAUUGAAACAAAACUUCUCAAUGGCUUGAAACAAAAUGGUUGCAAUUUUUUUUAGAUUAAUUUUUUUUGAGUACGUCUUUCUCAUAUAUAUAAAGUUUCCCAUCAAGAUCAGUUUUGGGGUUAUGGUUCAUGGGGGACAUCAUUAUAUUAUUUGGUUGGGUUUUUUUUAGGUUGGUGGUUUUGGUUUGGGGCUUUUUUGGUUGGGUUGGGGGGGGUCAGGGGGGGAAGGUGGUUAAGUAAAUAUUCUGAUUUGUACUAAUUAGGCACUAAAUCAAUAUUGAUGCCUUUAAUUUAGGACUUUAAGUUUGGUUCUGGUAUUCUUAAUCUGCUACAAGAUUAUUAUUUUGCCAGAAGAGCUGUUUUAUAUGCUUAAAAGUAGGAAAUAGGUUUAUAUUCCAUAAUCAGCUUUUGGUCCAGAAGUAUUCUUAUUGUUUCUACAGUGUGUUUUAAGUUUGGUUUUGGGGUUAGGGUUUGGUUUGGUUUUCUUUUAAUGCUUCUCCUUGUCUCAGUUCUGUUGUGAGCAGCUCACAGAGACACAGGCAGCAAUAAUAGCAGUUCUGUUUCAGGAGGUUCUUUUUCACUGAGCUUGAAAGUGAAACAGAUUUAGGCUUCCACUGGUGUUGACUUGUCAAAAGUCCCCCUUCAGUAAAAAGUCAUGUCGUUCACUUUGAGGGAAACGUACAAGGUAAAUAUCAACCUUAUGACAGCAGCUAUCUAUUCAGUUGAGAAACAUGUGAACAGGUACCACCGUGUGAUGAUUUUUACCCUUGAGGCGCAGGAAUUCUUGUCUUGCUGUUUUGGACAGUUGGUUGGGGUUUCUUAGCUGUGGGUAGGUUUUUUAUUUUUACUUAAAUUGUUACUUCUCGUUUAUUAAUAAAUACAUUUCUUUCAGAGUUUGUUACCAGAAAUCCAGUAGGUAAGGUUUUUUUCCCGUGGAUUGUGGCAUAAAGAUAUAGGUCAUAUGGCAUCAGUUUUCCAUAAUUUUGACCUUUUGGUAAUAUUCAGUUAUUACAUUCCAGUACCAAUCUGUAUUCAUUCCUGCUUGUGUUCCCCCCUCACAAAAUAGUUGAGUACAGGUUAAAAACGUUGUAAAGCCCACACCUGCAACACGGAGACCAACAGUGAUGUUAGGUACUGUCAAUGAUUAUCCUGGGAGCCACACUGUCCAGUUUUGGAGCUAUAAGAAAUACAAAUGCUGUCUUGCAUUGUAAAGUCUCCUAAGGCCUCUAUGAAGUCAGUCAACAAGCUGUGACUAAGAUGAAAGGCCAGUGGUGGGUACCUGCCAUUUUUGUAUCCAACUUAGAAAAGUGCAGAAUAAAACAUAGAUACAGGAGAGAGUUCCUGGGAAGCCUGUCUGUGUCUAGAAAACGGCACAGAACAGGUAAUUCUUUAACCUGAACCGGAAAAAAUAAAUCCAAAUAAGGACAGGAAGCCUUCUAAUGGUGUUAUACAUAUAAAUACACACACAUACAUAUUUGUACAUAUGUAUGCAUGAUGCAGACUAGUGAUCAAACUCCCAAGUUUAACAUACUGUAACCUCUAGCUCACUAAAUAGCACCAAAUUUGUGUCUUGCUUAGAGGCUAGAACUGAAGGAGGGCUUGUCUGUACUUGCAGUGUUCAUUUUUUAAGGAGGCCUUUCUUCAUAAGCCGAUUAAAGCUCUUCAUGUUGGCCUGCUGUCACCUCAGCAAGAAAAUAACAACCUCAGGUCAGUUCAUACCGCCGGGACACACUGUACUGCAGGAUGUUUGACCCCGAAAGAAACAUGUAGAACUAAAGAUGGGAGGUUGUCAUACUUCAGUAAGCAAGGUUGGCAACCCCCCUCUCUCUUCUCUGCCAGUAGGUGUACUAUUAACUGCUUUUCCUCUGGCUGUAGAAACCCAGACUCCCCUAUUUCCUGUGACACCUUUGCAUUUGAAAACUACACCAUAUAAACUUUUGGCAGACAUUAAGCCAGAAACAGUUCAAGCUUUUUGUUUCUUCUCUCCUUUCUACUCAACUGGAACUGUAAACAAUCAGUUUUGUAUAUUAGAUGACUAUUAAAGCCUGUCUGUUUCCCAGAAUAACCUAAUCUUUCAAUGGUAAAACAAUCUAGAAAUAAAGAGAAUGCCUUCAACUUUUUUAAUAAAAAGUUUUCAAUUUGGGAAAAAUCACCCAGUAAAUCCUGAAAAAAAAUUAUUGAGGCUGCUAAUAACUGGCAAAUAGUGUGUUUUAAAUAUGCUACCAUAGGGGUAGGAUCUAUUACACAUCUAGUAUUACCUUGUAUUUUGAGAGAAUUCCUUGUUAACAAAGCACUGCUGCAAAAUAAAAUACUGUAUGUGCUCAUCUAACUACUGUCUUCUCUUGCACUUAACAAGCCAGCACAUUGCCUUUUAAUACCUUUGCUGUAAUAAGCAGUGAAAUGUGUUCCUUCAGAGGCUAUGUCCUGUGCUGUACAUUCAUUAAAUGGGUGCAUCUAAUCUUUACAUUUUAAUAUGUGAUCCGUAAUCUGGAGAGGAAAAAAAUAACGCAAUCAAUUGGACACCUUUUUUGUAAACACAAAGCAGUGAACUGACUGAAGUGGUUUUAAGUAGUUUAUUGUCACGAUUGUUAACAAAAUGCCUUCAAAACAUUCUGUACAUUUCAAACUAUUUUGAACUGCAUUACUCGUAUAAAUGGGUAUUGAUAUAGAUGCCAUGAUGUCUCUGUACAAAGAUGUACAAUAUGUACAGUAACAUUAAAUGCAAGCUGUGCAAGGCAAAGUCUAAGCUACAGGUUCACGCCGCUGGUUAAAAUAAGGCAUAGAACCUCAGCUUCAAUCAGUUCCUUGUGUGCAAAUAAAUAAAUGCAGGUAUGUAUCAAUAUCAGAAAGGAGUAAUUAGAUUUGCAAGCUCAGUUCAGCUAGAGCAACAUGCAGCUGACUGG